AUUAAUAACUAGUUUAUGUAAAUGAACCCGUUCUCAAUUUAGUUGAAAACAAACUGUUCUCGAGUAUAGUUCUUUGCAAUGGCGCACGAGAAUUUAAGUGAGAGAGAUCGUGCGGUUUUGAGAAGUAUUUUUGAUCCUACAGCAACAAUUGGUGAUGUAGCUGAUGACGGGGAUAAGUUUGGGGAAGAAGAAGAAGAUAAUACACCAGCAAGCGAAGAAUCGAAAACUCUUUGCAUCCAAGGGGUGAAAUUAGCGGAAUCAGGAAAACUGGACGAAGCUUUGGAGCUGCUUAGCCGAGGAAUUGCUGCUGCACCAAACAGAGCUUCGGGGUAUAAUGACAGAGCACAACUUUUGCGGCUUAUGCAGAGAGAUGAGGAAGCAGCAGCAGACAUAAAUCAAGCCAUUAAGUUAACUGAAGGCAAACGAACUCGGUCGCGAGCGCUAGCUUUGUGUCAGCGCGGCGUGAUGUUGCGAAAGAAUGGAUCUGACGAUGAAGCACGCGCUGCCUUCUCUGAGGCUGCUAAGCUGGGAAGUAGCUUUGCUAGAAAACAGGUGGUGGAACUAAACCCUUACGCUGCCCUGUGUAAUCAAAUGCUCAGCCAAGUUAUGAAAGGAGAGAAUAUAAAAUUAUGAGCAAGAAAUUUGAGGCCAACGUUUUGUGAAUUAUUUUAAGAUAUACUUAAUUACCUAAAAUAAUUUUAAAAAUAAAAGACACAUGUCUAAUGGAUUAGAAAUUUAAUUUAAAUUUUUGAGUACAAUUCACAGUCACAGUCGAGAAGAUUCCACAAACAUUUCUGAAGACAUGUCCAAUGAUCGAUCCUGAGAUACAAGCGAUUGAAUUCACUUUCGUAUGCGUACGGACGAACGAACCGUUAUUAAAAUGACAAUUUCAUGAAAAUGACGAAUUUAAUACUACAAAUCCUACGCUAAUAAUAUCAAUUAUUAGAAUAUAGCAAUAAAAUAUUUAUACGCAGAA